UAUAAGGGUCAUGGCAAGGCCAUGAGGGAUUACAUACACAGCAUUCAAAAACAGGGUUGGCAGCUGGUGUCUGCAGGAGAAGACGGCUCAGUGCGGCUGUGGGACUUGCGACAGAAGUCCCUGACGAACGUCAAUCACCACCGCACUCACACGCCAAGGUGGAGCGUCCCUCUCUCGGCAAGUGGUCGGGGACGACCGCCCUCAGCGAGGAUUGGUGGUCAGUUACUUGAGCCGUUUCUGUGUCUAACAAUGUUUGGGUUGCGUAGAAAAGGUAAUUGUUGCAUUGUCAGUGAAUACAGGUUUAGAGUGUACAUUAAACUUCAGGUUUCUGUUUCUCUGAACACUGGACUUGUACAUGAAAGGUAACAAA